AUGGAUAAAAAGUGUUCCAUCUAUACUGGUUCUCUUCCCAAGUCGAAGGAAACCUCGAAGAAGGUCAAACUGCACUGCAAAGGUUCCGUGAGCUCAUCGCACACGCAAAUCUUCAGACAAAACAAAAUCGAAAGAAAGUACGAGAGAAUUACCAGUGAUGAGUAUUUGGGAAUAUCGGAAUCUAUUUCGGGAAGUUCUGACUCCUUCGGAUGCGUUCACGGCCCUAAAGGCAGGCAAUACUCUGAAAAAACUCAACUGGAGAGAAACAUUAUUAAGGAAUUGGAUCCUUUGCGUACAGAUCCUAAGUGGAGGGACGGUUGCCCUCCAGCGUAUGGAUGGGAUAUUGCAGCCACUUUAGAGUUCUUAGUGACAGAUCCCGGAGGCAGCCAGACUACCGAAAGACUCGAAGAACAUCUUCGCGACUUCGCUACUUUAGCUCGCUGCGGAUAUAAAAUCUAUGUUUUAAAUAGUCUGACCACCAUAAUAGACUAUUUGGUGGAGAAUUUGGAGAAGAGGCCCAGUUUGCGAGAGGUUCUCAUCUCUCUCUUGCGCCACAUGGAGAAGCCUAUUUUGUUAACAGCUGUUUCGGAUGUUGAAACUCAGAUCGAAACUGUUAAGAACUAUAUAGGAUUCCUUGGUUACCUCUUACUGCGAGUGGAGCAAGAUGAUCUCUUUGAGCUGGUAUCCCGAGCGAUACUCUGGCAGUUGUGUGCCAGCGACGAAACGCGUUGUCCGGGAGCCUUACCCCGCAGGUACGCGAUGUCCGCCGCUGGCACGCACCUUCUCACCACCGCGGUGCGCAUGCUGGCGUUGGCUUCGCCCCAACGCUUCCCCGUGUUCCAACGGAUCGCCCUGCUGCUGGCGUGCCACUCGGUCGACUGCUGUAUCGACAUGUUUCGGGAAAAUGUUAUUGAAAAUAUUUUCUACCGUUUCAACCCCUAUUUCCCAAUGAAAGAUUUGCCUGAUUAUGAAGACACUCCUUUGGACCCACAGGAUUGCAACGUUAAACUUGGUUCGAGCAGCAUCCAUAUUUCUACAACACUGUCAUUGCUCUUGGUUCUGUUAAAAACAUUGAAAAGUUUUUUGGACGAAAAUCCUGACUUCCACAGAACGUUCCCCUGUCCAGAUUAUUACGCUCAACGGUGCUUCCUAUGGGCGUACCGAUACGAAUGUCGUGCGAGGGGGCGCCGACACGAAAGGAUAACCCUGACCGUGAUCGCUCACGCAUUGCUCAGCUGCUUUGGAGACCGCCUUACAGCAUUCUGUAACUUGAUGAUGCCAGAUGUUUUGUCACUUUCGGUGCUUACUGAGAUUCCUCCGAAACAACUCUGGAUCCAGAGCGUCGGCUUCAAUACGUCGCAACUGGAUGUCCAAUUCAAGAAAAGCCUUAUCUACCUCUCUGUUGAUUUUCUCAAAAUUUUUCCCUAUAAUUCUUUUAUGGUGGAAUCACAACACUGGCUCUUAGGUAUGAUGUUCCUUCUGGACCCUGACCUGUGCCAUCUCAGAGCGAGGUGGACCCCUGCACUUUUCGCAGAAAUCCGUAAAACUGCAUUGCAAGCUCUAGUGUGCACAUUACACCUCAUGCCUACGAGACUGGUCACAGGACAUGAAAUAAUAAGAAGAAUAAUGUGGUACAUCGAAUGGUACUCUGAGAACCCUUACGAGCUGCCUGUUUUGUACUGGUGCGUGAGGCUUUUGCACGCAGCCAUCCGCGUUCGAGGCGAGACGACGCGCCCCGACACCCUCCGUGAUCUAUUCGACACACACGGAAUCAUAAUACUGAUGCAUCUAUGUUACACGUUGCUUGAACAACGUUGUCCACCGGUGGAAAAGAGUCAGGUGGUGCUAGCGUUGACCGUGCGGUUGCUGACCAACGCGGUGACCGCUGACCGGUGCAUCACCUGCUGCGUAUAUCCGCUGGUCAAAUGGCCCGCCUCCAUUAACACCCUGGCCACGAAGAUGUUGGACAUUGCGUUGUUCUCAUUGGAAAAACACUUAUUUGUCAGCGACAGAUGGCUCAUUUCAAUUUUAAAUUUAAUUUGGGAGGCGGUCAUAUGGAAGAACCAUUACAGGGAGAAAUUCGUUUUGAAAAACGGCGUGUACAAUCUUUUGGAUAUGAUAACGAUGUCCAAGCCCCCCGUUCAGUGCAUAGCUAUGGCACUGGUGUGCGACCUGGCACGAUCUGGCGAUGCGGUUGCGCAGCUCGUAACCUGGCGCGCCAAUCUCGGCGCCUCCAAUGCGUAUCCUAGCGUGGUGAAGCGAGGAGCGACCAUUGCGAGCCUGUUGGCGUCUUUGUUCAGAGACGACUGCCUGGCGAUCGGUGUGCCUCUCGACCACUGCGGCGUCGUACAGGAUCUGGAGUGUCCGCUUAUGUCUACUGAAGUACGCAAGGAAUUGAAGAAUCCAGACUUUUGCAACGGUCCUCACGAACAGCCUCCCGUGUGCUUGGCGGUUGCUGAUAUGGCCGCGUCGCGGAUGUCUAAGGCGUUCGCAAUUUUACAUAUGCUUUCCGAAGAUUUACAGUACAAAGUGUCAAUAGCUGACGACGCCUACAACUUGUACAAGAACGUUAAAUUGGGAGCUCAGGAGGAGGCGAUUUUGAUGCUCUGCUCACACUACUUGACCCUGAAACUAAACGAAACGUGGACGGAAGCUAAGAUUCAAACUGGUGAACUACUCGCACACGACAAGGAGGUUUUAGAUGAGUUUAUUGAAAUAAACGGUGGCUGGGCAAAAGAAGUAAAGAGGCGACAGGAAGAUAUACUCAAUAAGCAUAACCAAGAGGAUGAUCGUGAAGAGAAAUCCCUAUACGCAUUCUUGGGGCAAGUCCGGCUAAACAAUGCUUUGGACGCACUACGGGAGGUGCGUUGUGUCGGCCGCUCGGGCGCCGCACGCACGCGUAAUUUGCCGCACCAGCCACCGCAUACCCCCGAAGACUUGUCUGGCAACUCUGUCAUACCUACAUAUCAGCCGCCGCUCGACGACUUUAACAUGACGGGCCAGUAUGUCAAAGUGCAAAGCAUUCCGACCAAGAAAAAAACAAAGGACGAUGUUACGAGUCGCAACUCCAAUCUAAGUUGUCGUUAA